CUGCGAGCUGGGUGGGUUAGUCCAUGAGCCGGUCGGAGGUGCUCGGGUGGGAAGGUCCUUGGCGUGGGAACCGUGUUUGUCUCGUUCACCUUCACAAGGGAGAGAGUGAGCCGUCUGAUAGGACAGGUAGCCGCUUAGAGACGCGGCCGUGCUUUACUCCGGGUAGCCGUCGCCUCUCAGCAUGGAAGACACCAUGUACGGUGAGUGUGGUGCGGGCUGUACCAAGAGGAAGGCGAUGGGGGAGGGGGCAGGAAGGGUCACUCUGGAUACAUACUACCCCCCCUCCCCCCCGAUUAGUUUGAACCCAUUUCAGGCCCAUAUCCCAUAGAAUGGGCAAAAAUAGGGCCUACGUCACUAUGAACAAAACAGGAUGCUCCAUGUUUGCCUGAGGUGGGGGGAGUAUUCCUAUUGUGCAAUGUGAUCGAAGACCAUGGAAGAGGAAUGGCGAACUGCAACUCCCAUGAUGCUUUGCCAGCUUAAUGACUUCGAGAGCAUCAUGGGAGUUGUAGUUCUACAUCUGCUUGGGGGUGCUGAUCUGCCAUAGCACCCUGGGUAAUUACUGUAGCAGGAGCAUGUGAUGAAUUAUUAUUGCUGGAUGAAUAAAUCAGGUUGUGGCCAUGUCUGACCAGAGGUACUCGCCAAGCCUGGUUUUCUAGAAUAGGAAGAGGCAGUUCUGUCCGUGUGAAUUAUCAGACAUUCAAAUCACAUUUCAGAUUGUAGAUUACAUUAAAGGAACACUCCAGGCACCAAAACACCUUCAUCUAAAUGAAGUUGUUAUGGUGUUAGGAGACCCAAAGGCACUCUUAUCUCAGCCUUAACUGUUUUCCAACAAUUUAACCCCAACGUUGCCUGUGCCCCGAUGGCUUCUGAAUUUUCCGAUUCCGGAAGCAUUGAGUGCUGCCGGGCAGGGGCGCCACUGAUUGGCUGGCUGACGCCUCAUUCACAAAACUGGCAUGGAAAGAAAUGUUAGUCCACCCUUUGUACAGCGCUACGGAAUCUGAUGGCGCUAUAUAAAUAAUAAUAAACGUGGCUCACCGCUCUGACAAUCAGCAGUGCCCCUGCCCAGUGGCACUCUGCACUUCCUGAAUCUAAAACUUUGGGGUAAAAUUAUUUGAGAAUAGUUUUAAAAUUGAGGUCAGAGUGCUCCUGGGUGCCUUUUGGCACCAUAACAACUUCAUUUAGAUAAAGUUGUUUUGGUACCUGGAGUGUCCCUUUACCUAAAAUAGUACUAAUUUCCAAAUAACUGUUUACAGUUUGGCUAUUUUGAGGUAAAAUGGGGCUAAAAUAUCAACUUUCCAUUAGCCAUUGGCAACUGAAAAUUCAACCCUGAGACAUUCACCCCUGCUUAGUGUGCAAUGGCAUAUAGUGGCAAGUAACUAUGAAUCCUGAUCUAAAAAUCACUUUGAAAUUUCACAUUUUGGUGAAUAACCCGUCACUGCCUGCUAAAACUUGUGUCAGGGGAAUCCUACUGUGUGCUUGGUAGUGUUUGUAUCUCAGCCUAGUAGAUUCUGUAUGUUAAAUUGUUGAGUAACGAGUAACGUUUUGGUAUUCCUGCUCUUGUGAACUGUAUUGCCUAAGAUGUUGAGCCAGCCAGUUGUCAGAGCAUCAAGGGACUCUUCAUAUGCCAUAGGUUUUCUCUCUGUUUCUCUCUCCUUCUCAUAAACAGGGAAGUUGGCUACAUUUCCAGUUUUAAGGGGUAGGUUUUGUUCCUAUGGAUAUUAAACUUUGGACUUUAUAAAACCAUCAUAAUUAAGUUGUCACUUUAUUUGUCGAGCUUCUUUUUCGUUUGUUUGAUGUGAAACUGCAAAGCACAUUCUAAACUUUAUAAUAUUUGGACUUAAUCUGUUGUAAACCUGGCCAGAUUAAUUGAAGUAAUUAAGGAACACUAUAGUAUCCCUCUGCAUCCCUGUGGCAAUUGAAGGGCUAAAAAGCCUUUAAAACACUCCCCAUAUUCCAGCGCCAAAGUCUCUGGGCACUUGCUCAGUCUACUCCCAGGGGGGAACAGAAUGCGUAUGCACAGCAUGAGGGCGCAAAGCAUAAUUUCACAGUUAAACUCAGUGAAAAAGCAGGAAGUGGAUCUAGUGGCUGUCUGGUAGUAAGACUCUAGAGGCAGUUUUGACCGUGCAAUAUAAACAUUGUAGUUUCUCUGAAACUACAGUAUUUUAGAUUGUAGGUUUAAAGGAAAACUAUAGGGUCAGGUACACAAACAUGUAUUUCUGGCCCUGUAGUGUUAAAACCACCAUCUAGCCCACCUGGCUCCCCCAUAACCCUCUAAAUAUAGCAAAAUCUGAACUUUAUUCCAGUCUGCUGCUGCUGGCUUUUUCCCCGAUCUGCCUGCUUGGCUGACAUCAUCAGAAGUGUAUAUCCGAGCCAAUCACAAUGCUUUCCCAUAGGAUUGGCUGAGACUGCCAAGGAUGCCAACACAGCCCUGGCUAAUCAGCAUCUCCUCAUAGAUAUGCAUUGAAUUCAUGUAUCUCUAUGAAUAAAGUUCAGUCAGCGGGUGAAAAUGGCAGUGCUGCUGUCCCAGGAAGCAUCUAGCAGCUAUCUGAGGAGUGGUCUAUGUGUCCCUAGGCUGUAAUGUAAACACUGCCUUUUUUCUGAAAAGACUGUGUUUACUGCAAAAAGCCUGAAGGAAAUGAUCACCAUUCCCAGGACAAAUACAAUAAGCUAUAGUUGUUCUGGAGACUUCAGUGUCUAAUGUGUUAAUUCUAUAUGAGAGUGCCCACCCCCUCUGUGCUGCUUUGGUUAAUGAGAAAACAUUAGCCUGAAUAGUUAUGGCUUGCUGUGAUAGGCUGAAAUCGGUCAGCUAGCAUUCUAAGCCAAUUGCAGUGCCUAUUGCUGGUAUGAAUUCGUAUGGCGUUAAGGAAGGAUGCCAUAAAUUCAAAAGGUUUAACUAGUUUAACACUGCUUGGAGAGACAAAGCCCUAGAGGAACUAUACAUUCAAUGAGAUAAAAUUGCUAUAGUAAAUUUAGUGUCCCUUUAAUUAGUCAGGCCUGUAUGUUAUGGUAUGAAUUAUUGAUGGCUAAACCCUCUCACACCUGCUGUUGUGUACUAUAUUCCCCACAAUAAAUGUCCAUAGGUGGGGUACUAUAUAUGGCAGUGAUGGUUUACUUAUUCAGUAAUAAAAAUAGCUACAGCCUAAAUUGUGUUAAAAAAAAAUCAUACAUAUUACCACAGUAUGGCAAAAAAGGAACAGCUAUAGUUAUGUAUCAAUUUAUUUCAUGAUUCAAAAGUUGCUUCAGUAAUAGAGAUUACAUUUUUCUCAGUAGCAGCUGCACAUGAUCACAAGUACAAAUUGCAUGUUUCAUUACUUACCGACAUAUUCUGAAACGUCCUAAUGUUAUUCUGAGUUAUGAAUCACAUGCAAUUAAUGACAAUCCUGAUUUUCUUAGCCCAAGGGAGGCAUAAGGAAUGCUUGCCAAAAAAUUUCUUAACUAUACACAGUCAAUUAUGUAACCUAGAACAAAAGUGCUUGUAAAUGGUGACACCAUAAUGAGUCUGUAGAAUAAGUCUAUGAAUAUUGACAGUACUGAUGUCUUAACCAUUUUGUGACCAAUGAAGGAAUCAUUCUGCCAUGAUUGUCCUAACAUAAAGGACCCAUGACACAGUACGUUGUGUACAAUUUACCAGCAGGGACAGUUUACCUGCUGGUAACUAGGAAUCACUCAAUCGCUGGAGCCAGAAUAAGUGGCCCCAUGCUGACCAAUGACUUCAGGGAGCGCUCAAAGUGAGCGCUGCAUACGUCCAUUUAAAUGGAGAUUUAAAUGCCAGAGGCUGCAAAUUUGUGAGAAGUUUUAAAAUCCCCUGCUUACACCUGGAAUAUCCAGGUAUCAAUUGAUACUUGGAGCUCCCCUUUGUCAGCCAGGGCCAUAUUUAGUGACCCAGAUUUACAGAUGAGCUGUAUUAGGUACUCAGAUUGUAAAGGUAACUUGAACUGUCAAACUGUUACAAUGCUCCAAACAGAGACAUAGGCUCAAUACUUAAUAGAACACUAAAGCUUUACGAAUACAAACAUGUAAUCUUUGCUAUAGUGUUCCUUUAAGCUGCGCUAAUUAUGAAACCUUGCACACAUUAUUAUUGCCAAAACUAUGAAAAAUAUUAUUGCCAAAACUAUUGAGUAGUAAAUAAGAAUUUAUGUCACAUUAAAAUAAGGCCAUUUUGUCCUUUAAAAAUCAGUAUAUCUAUUGGUGCAAUAAAUGGAAAAAGUUGGAAACUGCAGUUGAACAUUCAUGUAUCAAAAUUGCCUAUCAUUAAAGGACCACUAUAGUGCCAGGAAAACACUCGUUUCCCUGGCACUAUAGUGCCCUGAGGGUGCCCCCACCCUUAGGGUCCCCCUCCCGCCGGGCUCUGGGGAGAGGAAGGGUUUAAACUUACCUCUUUCUCCAGCGCCAGACGGGGAGCUCUCUUCCUCCUCUCCGCCUCCUCUUUGGGUGAAUGCUUUCCUAUGGACGCUUGCGUCUUCUCACUGUGAUUUUCAAAGUGAGAAGCACGCAAACGCCUCUAGCGGCUGUCAAUGAGACAGCAACUAGAGGCUUUAGAGGCUGGAUUAACCCAUUUAUAAACAUAGCAGUUUCUGUGAAACUGCUAUGUUUAUUUAAAAAAAAAAAAAAAAGUGUUAACCCUAUCUGGAUCAGGCACCCAGACCACUUCAUUAAGCUGAAGUGGUCUGGGUGCCUAUAGUGGUCCUUUUAAAGAAAAAAAAAAAGCAGACGGAAGGUGUGUAACUAAGGGUUAAAAAUAUACUGUGAAGGGAAAAUAAACCUCAUAUCUCCACGAUGAACAUGCAGAACUUAAAAACACCCAUAUGAAAAUGUGGUUUUGCUAGAAAAGGUAUGGUGCCCACAGCCACCAAGCAGUAGAUUUAAAGGGACACUAUAGUCACCAAAACAACUUUAGCUUAAUUAUGCAGUUUUAGUGUAUAGAUCAUGCCUCUUUAGUCUCACUGCUUAAUUUUCUGCCAUUUAGGAAUUAAAUCACUUUGUUUAUGCAGCUUAGUCACACCUCCUUGCAUGUGACUUGCGCAGCCUUUCUAAACACUUCCUGUAAAAAAUCAUCUAAUUGUUAUACUUCCUUAUUGCAAAUUCUGUUUAAUUUAGAAUUUUUUAUCCCCUGAUCAGUUAGUAGAUUGCUAGACCCUGCAAUAGCCUUUUGUAUGUGAAAAAGUUUAAAGGGGCACUAUAGUCACCCAGACCACUUCAGCUCAAUGAAGUGGUCUGGGUGCCAGGUCCCUCAGGUUUUAACCCGGCAGAUGCAAACAUAGCAGUUUCAGAGAAACUGCUAUGUUUACAUUGCUGGGUUAAGCCAGCCUCUAGUGGCUGUCUUCCGGACUGCCACUAGAGGUGCAUCUGCAUGCGCAUUCGGCUCCGCGGACGUCAGCAGAGGGAGGAGAGGUCACCAGCACCGAGGGAGCCCGGUGCUGCAAAAAGGUAAGCUGCUGAUGUGGUUUUAACUCCUUCAGUGCCACGGGAUGGGGACCCUUAGGGUGGGGUCACCCUCAGGGCACUAUAGUGUCAGGAAAACCGCUUAGUUUUCCUGACACUAUAGUGAUCUUUUAAUUAAAGAGCAGGAGACAACAACUGUUAAAGUAAGUUCCAUCUUAUUGAAAAUGAAACCAUUUUGUUUUUAUGCAGGUUCUGCCAGUCACAGUCAGUGGAGGUGUGGCAAGGGCUGCAUAAACAGAAACAAAAGUGAUUUAACUCAUAAAUGGCAAUCAAUUAUGCAGUGAAAAUUCAUAGGCAUCUAUACAUUAAACUGCUUUGUUAAGCCAAAGUUAUUUUGGUGACUAAAGUGUCCCUUUAAGACUGUAAACUUGUUUCAGCUACUCAUGUCCGAUGUCUAACUUUUGUGUUAGAAUUGUUUUGUCGUCUUUACUUAUUGUACAGUGCUGUGGAACAUAUUGGCGCUAUGAAAAUAUUAAUAAUUGCCCAACUGCUAUUCUGACCCACUAGAUAUACCAAAGACAAUAGCAAUCAAAUUAAAUACAUGUCCCUGUCUCCUUAAAGGGAUACUUGUCACCAGAACAACUACAGCUUAUUGUAUUUGUUCUGGGAAUGGCGAUCAUUUCCUUCAGGCUUUUUGCAGUAAACGCUGUCUUUUCAGACCAAAGACAAUGUUUACAUUACAGCCUAGGGAUACCUCCACUGGCCACUCCUCAGAUGGAUGCUAGGUGCUUCCUGGGGCAGUGCUGCACACUAUGCAGCACUGCCAUUUAGUGUCUCCACCCUCUGCGUGGAGACACUGAACUUUCCUAAUAGAGAUGCAUUGAUUCAAUGCAUCUCUGAGGAGAUGCUGAUUGGCCAGGGCUGUGUUUGGCUUUUGCUAGUUCUGCUAGUUCAGGGGCUGAGCCAGCAACAAACUGGAAUAAAGGUAGGAAUUUGCUAUAUUUAUAGGGGCAUGGGGGAGCCAGGUGGGCUAGCUGGUGGUUUUAACCCUAUAGGGCCAGAAAUACAUGUUUGUGUACCUGACCCCUAUAGUGUUCCUUGAAAAACGGUUUAGUGCUGAAUGGAAGGAUGGUUAAAUUGAACUCCUAUGACUUCUAACCACUUCAGUGAGAUGAAGCAGUUACAGUGUCACUUUAAGAUGUACAUGGAAGAAUUUAUUCUUAUAGUUUGCUUGGCUUGCAGGUGCAAUUUUGUUAAUAAUAUUUAGUUUUAAGAAAGACAAAAAAACCUUGGUACCAGGAAGGAUUGCAGCAGUAGAUAUCAGACCGUGCAGUGGGUAAAUAAAAAAUGCUUUUAUUUGCAUUUUUAAAUAGCCACAUAUGGCAAUAAAAACCUAUUAAAAAUCAUGUAUAAGUCCCAUAGUCUCCUGAUAACUCAGUCGGUAUGUUUCUGCUUUGCCAGGUCCGGUUAUUACGAUUCCGGACAUUGAUGUCUCAUGUCCCGUCGUAGCGUGCAUGCCUGUCGUGGUCGGAUCUUUGUCCUUAACUGGAAAUUUUGGGCAUGUGUUAUAUCAAUAGUGGCAUCUCAAGUCUGUUAGUUCCCCCUUUGGCACUUUUACACAUAUACACGGAAAUAAGAGACAGAGAGAGAUAACAUUGAUGACGAUUGCAAUCUACCUGUACAGUGACAUAACUCCUAAAGAAUACAUAAAUAAUGGACACUAUCUAUGUAAAUAAUCUUAGAUAAGGGAUCAAAUGUGGUUCUAUAUGGACAUCUUAGAAAAAUCCCAAAGUUGUGUAGGUAAAAAAUAUAUAAAAACAGUUGCUUAAAUAUUUGGGGGUAGAAAAGGGAGAGGCGAAAAUAUGACUUAAAAAUCUAUGUGCAUAUGUAUAUAUCUAUCCAUAUUACACAUAAAAACAGACAUGUAAUCACUUUCUAAGGGCCCUAAAAAUUAAAAUAAAAAAUACACUGCACUUUUUUUUUUGUGUAAGACUAUAAGAAAAAUAAUUUUAGAAAAAAUAACUCAAUCGUCAUUUAGGCAAUAUGGCCUUGGGGUAUUUAAUUCAAACAUUUUACUUUUCUGUCUUACCGAAUUUGCCAAUAUAGUUUACCCUUCUCCAAUUGUUAUUAACCUUUUUGAUGGGGGACAAAAGAAGACAUUUAGGGUCAGAAUUGUGCAUAAUUCUAAAGUUGAAAAAUGUUUUUCAACAUUGUUGAUAAUAUUCCUGCAGUGUUCUUCCUUUCUCACAUGUAGAUGUCUGUAUAGUCCUACCAACAUAAAAUUGGCCUCAUGGGUAAAUAAGUGCAUCUCUGACAUUCUUGGAGAAACGUAUUUUUAAGGAUAAGUAGUAUCUUUAUCAUCAGGGUCUUUAAAGCUGUUAUAUAUAUAUAUAUAUAAUAAUUUUUUACAUGCUUUACAUUUCCCACAACAACAAAAAAACACCUAUUAUUUUGUUUUUAAUUUAAUAGGUUGAGGUUAAUAAUUCUUUUAAAUUAUUUUCGCUAAAUGGUGUAUGGUUUGCUCAUGAUCUUUCAGAAGAAUUGGCCUAUGUUUUAUUAAUAAUGUUUCUUAUUCUCCUACUAGCACAGUUGUAGUUACAGCUAAAAGAGAUUUUAGAUUUAAAAGUGUGUUUUUUUUUUUUUUUUUGGUUUUUUUUUAAUCUUUACAUUUCAAUAAUGAACUUCUUGGUAGUUUCUCGGCCUCCUGUGCUUAUUGAGUACAACUAGUUGGUAUCCGUUUUCUUUUAUUUAUCUGUUCUUCUGAUACAUGACCUUCGGUGCAGUUCCUCUUUAUGCGUAAAAAAAUUACUUUUUGGGGAUUUAUUAAGCCUAUUUGGAUCAUGACAGCUGCUAAUUUAGCUAAAACUAUUAAAGGGACACUCCAGGCACCCAGACCACUUCUGCCCAUUGGAGUGGUCUGGGUGCCAACUCCCACUACCCUUAACCCUGCACGUGUAAUUAUUGCAGUUUUCAUAAACUGUAGUAUUUACCUUGCAGGGUUAAGUCCUCCUCUAGAUGCUGUCUAUCACUCCAGAGUCCUGCAGUGCCAGAAAACUGUUUUCCUGGCACUGGAGAAUCCCUUUAACAUCUACUGGUUUUAAAAACAGAUUUUUGAUUUGAGUCAUCAAUAUACAUAUAAUAGGUUAUCAAGUUAUUUUUAAAAUAUAUUUUUUAAAUUAAUUUAUUGUCUAUGGGGAGUUGGUGCCCAGCCGGGGCAUUAUCUCAAGCAGGCUACCACUUUAGUCCAUUGGACAAGUAGAUUUGAUAAAACAAAACAAAUAAUUAACACCCCUGAACUGAUUGAAAAUGAAACCAUUUUUGUGUGAGUCACACACGGGGAGGUGUGGCUAGGGCUGCAUGGACUGAAACAAAAAUGAUUUAACCCCUAAAUGACAGAUUUAAAAAUUAGAUUGCAGGUACAUGAUGUAUACACCAAAACCGCUUCAUUAAGCUAAAGCUGUUUUAAUGCCUAUAGUAUCCCUUUUUAAGUUAUUUUUAGUAUAGCAGCACAGGUGACUUUAAAGAUAAGAAACGAAAAGACAAGUAUGUAAAAAAACAAACAAAAAAAAACCCAGAAAUAAAUACAUGAAUUGUGUAGUGAUAUUGUGCGAGUCUCAGCCAAGGGAUUUGUGGCUAGGGCUGCAUCAUAAUCUAAAUGGCAGAUAAUUGAGUAGUUGGACUGCAGGAGCGUAGAAAUACAAAAUCAUUUAAUUAAGCUAUUUUCUUUUUAAAGCUUUAAAUUCUAAAACAUUUGUAAUUCUAAAACCAUAGUGUGUUCUUUUAAUAGUCUAGAAUCUAGAUCCAGCUCCCUCACUUUUAUAACCUAUAAAUAGUAGGAGAAAAAGUGUGUGUGUUUGUUUUUUUUGUUUCUAUAUCACAAACUAUAUGUGACUCCAGCGGCAUUCUCUGAACCCAACUUGAUUGUUGUUAGUCUACGCUUGGCUUGCAUUCUUUUGUUAAAAAUUCAGUGCUGAUCCUGGUAUUUCAAUGUGAAUGCCUUUUUGUCAGUUCUUUAUGUAAUAGGAAUUAUACAGCAGAAAUCUCCUGCCAAUCUGCCAUAUUAUUUAAACACGAUGUGGAAUUCUUUGGGUCAAUCAAGGGUAAACGUUGUAGAAUUAUUUGAAAUAUUUAGGGCAACGAUCUAAGAAAACAUAAUAAACUGCAUAUUCUUGGGUUUAGAAGAGAACAAGUGUUUUGAAACAAAUAUGUUAACGUAUUAGUCUGCUGCAUCAAGUUAUAUAAUGGAUCUUAGAUAAAGAGUUUAUCCAAUAUUAAUUUUUUAUGUUUGUGUAUAAAACUUUAUUCCACUUUUCACAUUUCAUUCCCUUAAAGCAUCUCUGACACUUAUGAGUUUCAUGAAGAUGUUAUCUAAUUUUUAUUUUCCUAAAAUGUAUAAUUCUGAUUAUAUAUUUAAAAGCAUUGUCACUUCGAUUGUUUAAUUUUUACACUCUUUUAAAAAUAGUUUAAUUUAGCAUUAUAUGUAUCCCCAAUGCUCUUACAGCAUAUUUAUUAAAUACACUUUUAGAUCAUUUAGCACUAGCAAUCUUUAAUUUGUCUUCCUUGUUGGAAUUGGUGUAGAACGCACCUAUUUUGGGGAACUUUGAUGUAUUGGUGGGCUUAACGCGAUAUAGCCAUAUGAUGGAACUGAAUCCCCAAACUAGUUUGGUGAUGGGUGGUAUGAUGUAGCAUUGGAACAUGUAAAACUGUAUUUUUGUGUGUGCUGUUCCUAUAUCUGUAUUUUGUAUCAAUUAUGCUCUAUACGGCAGCACCAUUGCUGAGAUAUAUAAAGAGAGAAAUAUAGAGUAAAGUACUAAAAGUGCAACAGUGAGCUGGAGCAUUCAACUGGUUUUCAUGGUUUAGGUUUACAUUUUAUAAUUUUUCAUUGUAUUUGGCCUUAAUGUAUACCAGCUGUAGCAAUUAGAUAAUUGACAAGAUUUAAGAUGUCAAGUUUUUAUUUAUUUUAUUCAUUAUGCGUAAUCCUUGUUUUUGUGAAUAUGUAGUGUUAGAUAUUCAGACAAAAUGACCUUUCUUUUGAGUAUAUCGCACCAUAUGAAUGGACCAAAAUUUUGCUUCUGUAGUUGUUGCAUAAAAGCAGUGUAUUUACUUGGUUUUGCUUCAUCUUCACUUCUCGAUUCAGAUGUGUGCGUUGUUUUAUUUAUUUAUUUGUGUAACACUCAGCUAUUUAAAAAAAAAAAAAAAGUAUACAAAAAUGUAACUGUGCCUCUUUAUAAAUCAAUGGUAAUCCCACACCUUGAAUAUGCUGUGCAGUUUUGGCCACCUGUUCUAAAAAAAACUGAUAUCAUGGGACUAGAAAAAGUUCAGAGGCAGACCACAAAAUUAAAGGGACACUAUAGGCACCCAGAGUACAUCAGCUUGUUAAAGUGGUGUGGGUCCAGUGCCCCUGUUAACCCUGCAAUUGUAAUUAUUGUAGUUAUUUAUAAACUGCAAUAACUACCUUGCUGGGUUUACUCCACCUCUAGUGACUGUCUACCAGAUCGCCACUGGAGAUACUUCCUGGUGGAAAUGAGGACAUCCAGAGUAAGCAAAAUGAUAACCUAUGGGAUAGUCCAAAUGCGAUUUGAGGUGGAACCUGACUCAGCGCCAAGGGAAAUCAUCGCUGGAAUCCGAUAAGUGCCAAAAUAUAAAUGUUAUCGCCAUGGGAGAGGGGGAACUAUAGAGUACAAUAGUGCAUCUAAAAAUGCAACUUUGUAUUCCUUGCACUGUAGUUACCCUUUAAAGGACCACUAUAGUGCCAGGAAAACAUACUCGUUUUCCUGGCACUAUAGUGCCCUGAGGGUGCCCCCACCCUCAGGGACCCCCUCCCGCCCGGCUCUGGAAAGGGGAAAGGGGUUAAAACGUACCUUUUUCCAGCGCUGGGAGGGGAGCUCUCUGCCUUCUCUCCUCCUCCUGGGCUGAAUGCGCACGCGCGGCAAGAGCUGCGCACGCAUUCAGCCCAUCGCAUAGGAAAGCAUUUACAAUGCUUUCCUAUGGACGCUUGCGUGCUCUCACUGUGAAAAUCACAGUGAGAAGCACGCAAGCGCCUCUAGUGGCUGUCAGUGAGACAGCCACUAGAGGAUUAGGGGGAAUGCUUAACCCAUUAAUAAACAUAGCAGUUUCUCUAGAAGGACCUGGCACCCAGACCACUUCAUUAAGCUGAAGUGGUCUGGGUGCCUAGAGUGGUCCUUUAAAUACUUUACAAGAUUAGUUUGCUUAUGCAGAGAAAGCGGUUUGGUGCAUUCCAUUAGCAGUAUCACACUGAAAGCAACCUUAAAUAAUGAUAUGUGUGUGUGUGUGUGUGUGUGUGUGUGUAUAUAUAUAUAUAUAUAUAUAUAUAUAUAUAUAUAUAUAUAUAUAUAUAUAUAUAUAUAUAUAUAUAUAUAUAUAUAUAUAUAUAUAUAUAUAUAUAUAUAAUUUUUUUAUUUUUUUUCUUCUCUUGUAAUGUUCUAAAUUUGUUGGAUUGUUCACGCAGCUUUUGUACUCUUAAUAAGCCAAUCCCUUGCAUUUCCUGUCUACAUCCUUCCCAGGCAAAGCAUGCUGCUAUUACCAGGAAUUUCAAUUCCUGCUGCCCCUCCAAAAGCAGUAAUUCAUUAUGGUCUAAUCCAAAGAAGAAUCUUCUCAUUUUUUUGUGUCUGCUUGUUAAGAAAUUGGGUUAAGGAAAAGGAUAAUGAUGGCCUACUACUAAAGUGGCUGGCAUUUGGAAUCUACAGUGAUGAUGCAGUCACUACAAGGAUUGAAACAGUGUGUUGAACAGUUUGUACAUCUUGGAAUUGAAUAAGUUUGUGCUUCUGUUUACAAAUAGGUAUUGUUAGUCACAUAUACCCUUUUUAUACACUUAAUGGAACUCUUUAAGGUCAGGAACACAAACUUGUCCCCCUUAAAUACAGUAAAAACUCACCUUAUUUCCAGCAUAUGUUGGGGCUGGCUUCAACACCAAUCCGCCCCCUUGACUGACAUCAAAAUGGAUGAUCUCAGCCAGUCACAAUGCUUUCAUAUAGGAAAUAAUUGGAUUGGCUGAGAUUGUCAAUUCUGAUGAUCUCAGCCAAGGAGAUGGGGCAGAGCAUAGAGAUGCAUUGACUCAAUUCAUCUCUAUGAAGAAAGUUCAAGAACUCCAUGCAGAGCGUGGAGACGCUAAAUGUCAGUACUGCACACUUUGCAGUACUGACCCAGGAAGCACCUCUAGUGGACACUGGAGGUGUUCCUCAGCUGUAAUGCCUUUUCUCUGACAAGCUUAUAGGGACAGGUUAUAGGCACCAGAACAAAUACAUUAGUUGUUUUUGUAACUAUUGUGUCCCUUUAAUGCCAAGUCCUAAUAUAGACUGUAUAAAGAGGCAUUUCAGAGACCACAUAGAUGGGGAGGAGGGGCCCACAGCAAGCGCUUACAUACCUUCCCAGCAGCUCCCUGUGUAAAUCUUGCAAGUCACUCUGCCAUCAGAGCGUUGCCACGGGUUACCAUGGCAAAGCGGCACACUGGUCGCGAGAUUUACACAGGGAGCUGCUGGGAAGGUAAGUAAGUGCUUGCUGCAGGCCCCCUCUGUACUUUCCAUGCCACUGGACCACCAGGGAAUGCUAUAUUCCUCCCUCCCUGGCCAAGUAAGAAGCAGGGAGGGAUUGGGGGGGACUAAAAUAAAUAAAUAGUAAAAAAAAUUAAUAAAUGCCCCCUCCCCCCAAAUUGAAUACCUACAGAAACACACACACUGCUUUAUAUAAAGACACUACACAAACACACUGUGUAUAUAAUGCAGUGUUUGUGUAGUGUCUUUAUAUAAUGCAGUGUGUUUAUAUAAUGUGGUGUGUGUGUGUGUGUAUAUGUAUAUGUAUUGCACACUACACACACAUUAUAUAAACACACUGCAUUAUUAUAAUAUAUAUAUACACACACUCUGCAUUAUACAAACACACAUUGCAUUCACUUUAUGCAUACUACACAAACUGCAUUAUAUACACACACUGCACAAACACACACUUUGCAUUUAGUAUACACACACUAUACAAACACACUGCGUUCACUUUACGCACACUGCGUUCACUACUUGUGGCAUGUAUAUUUUGUGCAUUUACCUUUAGAAAUAGUUUAUUUUUUCAAAAUGGUAAAUGUACAGAAUAUCGGUAAGUUAUCAGCUAUUGGCCUGAAAAUUCAGAUUAUCGGUAUCGGCUCUAAAAAAUUAAUAUUGGUCGAUCACUAAUACAAAUUAAAAUACUUCAUAUAAACUAACUUUGUAAAGAUUCUUAAAAACCCCUUUUUUGUUUAAAAUAAGUUUUAAAAGGGAUUUGUGCAAACAUUGUCUAAAGAAAUUCUUCUAGUACCAUAACCACUACAGUUGACAAUGUUGGCAAAUAAUCAAGCUCUACAUAGCAGGGCAUUGGCUCAGGAAAGCUAAUGUAAGCUUCUGUUUGGAUAUUCCAGCUCUGUAAGAGUGAUUGAGGCCUAGUGGAUAUCUAAGAUGUCAACUGGUAUAAGCCUGGUGAUCCUCAACCAAGUUGUAGAAUUGAUUCGUUACUCACAUUGGAGGGUGCCAGGGCGUACUGUAGAGGUCAUGUAGUUUGCAGUGUUCCUUUAAAGGGAACCUGUAAUGCCCAUAAUGACUUUAAAUAUGUUGAUCUUCACUGUCAGGGAGAACAGAAAGACUUCCAACAGGGUGUCCCUCUACUUUCCAUCCAUAGCAACCACAGAACAUAUGAGGUGGUUGCUAUGGUAACUCUAGCCACUAACUAGGUAUAGGAACAAGAUGACGUGUCGUUCAAAUGCUGGCAACAAAGCCAGCGUGUCAGCGUCAUGGAGGUCUGCUCUAUUGGGGAAGUGUCCCUUAGCAGGGCAAAUCAACAAAAAGCUGAGAAGGAGCAUAGGCAGACUGAAGGUGUGUGUUACAGAAGAAGUGUAACACCCACCUCUGCUAGCAUAGUGUGGCGGGGAAGUGGAGAGGGCCAGGUAAUUGCUGAGCGUUUCCCUUUAAACCUGCAAUGGCUCCAAAAACCUAAUGAUUGCAUAAUGUAAAGCUGGUUCACUAAAACGUUCUGGCCUGUUAUUACAUGAAGGAAUCCUUUCACUAGUUCAAAUGUUCGUUCCAGAGUUUUCCAGCAUUACCCAGGCGAUCACAAGGGUCUUGAAUUGAAUAAAGUCAAACCAGUCUAAACGUAAUAAAGAUGUCUUUGUCAAUGGCAUUUAUUAGCAUGAUAUCUGAAGUAUCCCAGACCCCUUUCAAUCUGCAUUUUGAUUUACUGUAACAUAAUCUAGUUAUUUGCAACAAUGGGUUUCUUUAUGCAGCUUUUAUUUGAAAAAAAGCGAUAAAGGCAUAACUGGUGUUAAGCUCGGUUGCCAGUGGAGCAAUACUGUACUCCAUUUGAACAAGAAUCCUUGUGCAUUGUUACAUUUUGCAAGGUUUAGUCAUCCUCUUUCUGUGGUUAUUACACAUAUGUGGUCUUUAUAUUAUAAAUGCAAAAAUCUCUAUGCUUGGACUUUUUUUUUUUUCUUUCUUUUUUUUUUUAAAUUGAGACAAAGGCUAGUCCAAAUGAUAGUAUUCUGCUGCCUAUUGCGUUAUCAGUUGAUAAUGAAAACACAUUUUUCUUAAACCCUAUCCAAUGAAGUUUUAAAGGGACUUCUAAGCACACAAAAAAUCACUGUUUAGAGGACACCCCCCCCCCCAACAAAGUGCUUUAGGGAUCUGGAGAUUCCCUUUAAGAAGGGCUUGAAAUGUGUUUGAAUCUCAGGGCCAGUUAAAAAUAGUUGGAAGCCAGAUUUUAUUUUUUAUUUAAACAAGUUAGUGAAACUCAUGAAUUCAAUAAUUUAAAGGGACUCUCCAGUGCCAGGAAAACAAUCAGUUUUCCUGGCGCUGCAGGUCCCCUCUCCCUCCCACCUCCCAUCCCCGGUUGCUGAAGGGUUGAAAACCCCUUCAGUCACUUACCAGAGGCAGCGACAUGUCACACGUCGCUGCUUCUUCCUCCACCGCCGCUCCUCCCCUUCAUUACGUCAGCCGGCGGGGGAGACUGAUCCCGCCUGCCGGCUGGGGAGACCUAAUGCACAUUCGCGGCAGUGCUUUCCUAUGGGGAUUUUAGCGACGCGUGAGGACGUCCAGCGACGCUAUAGCACAGAUAAUCUGUGCUAUGAUCCCGGAAGUGCCCUCUGGUGGCUCUCCAGUAGACUAUUAAUGCAAUAAUUACAGUUGCAGGGUUAAGGGUAGUGGGAGUUGGCACCCAGACCACUCCAAUGGGUAGAAGUGGUCUGGAGUGUCCCUUUAAGGAACACUAUAGGAUUAGGAACACAAACAUGGUAUUCCUGACCCUAUAGUGUUAGAAACACCAUCUAGCCUCCCUAAAUAUAAAAAAAAAAAUCUUACUUUUAUAACAGUCUGCUGCUGCUGGCUCUGCCCCUGAUCUGUCUGCUUGGCUUACAUCAAAAGUGAUAUUCAAAGCCAAUUACAAUGCUUUCUUAUUGGAAAGCAUUUAAUUGGCUGAGCGUGUCAAGGAGGCAGAACAGAGGCAGAGUCAGCACAAGCCAAUCACAGCCCUGGUCAAUCAGCAUCUCCUCAUAAAAAUGCAUUGAAUCAAUGCAUCUCUAUAAGAAAAGUUCAGUGUCUUCAUGCGUAGGGUGGAGACACUGAAUGGCAGUGCUGCACACUGAAGCGCCUCUAGUAGCCAUAAGGAGAGGCCAGUGAAGUUAUCCCUAGGCUGUCAUGUAAACACUGCAAUUUCUCUGAAAAUACAGUGUUUACAGCAAAAAGCCUGAAGGUAAUGAUUCUACUCACCAGAACAAAUUCAAUAAGCUGUAGUUGUUCUGGUGACUAUAGUGUCCCAAUAAUUUUGUCCAUAUAGUGUAUGUCCAGAUAUUGUAUAGCAAAAGUAGGUUCAUGCCACUCAUGCUGAAAUUCUCUUUAUAAAAUAGAAAACAAAAAACAUUUUAUGCCCCAAUCAAAGUAGAAAUAUCAUGCCGCCUGACUUUAAAUGAAUUAGACACCUGCAGCUACCAUGCAUCUGAAUUUGUUUAUUAUUUGACUUCUGUGGUCUGCAAAAAAUAAGAAUCAAUUUAUAUUGAUUUGUAUCAUUAGCAGCAUGGCUGGCUUAUUGACUGAGAGGGGUCACCUGCACCUCUGGCUUAGCUCCAUACAAAAGCUUCUGGGGGCAGGGGAGACAGCCGUAAUCUGGCAGACACCAAAUAAAUUGUCAAAGAUUGAUUACUUAUCUUGAGAAAGGCGCCAUGACACUUCUACAGGCUGUAGUAGUUAUGGUGCUUGGAGUGGUUUUUUUUUAAUUUAUUUUUUAAGUAGACACCUUUGAUGUGUAAAAUGUGAUGCCUUUAAACAAAAAACUAUCGUUUGCAAGACUACUAUUUUUUUCUGGUUUAAAUAUCACAUUUCUGAUCAUGUACAACUCUAUUAAUCUGCAGUCUCUGCUUUUGGUGAAUUACAAAAUUGGCUAUGGUGUAGGGAUAUUGAUUGACAGAUGCCUUCUGCUUGAUUGUAAUUUGUAAAAAUAAAAAUAAAAAAAAGUAAUGUUUUUUAUUUUUUUAUUUUUUUAUUAAACCUCUGCUCUAGAGGCUUGUUCAGCAGACUUCAAGGGUCUCUUAUGAUCAAACUGUGGUUGAUACGUUGAAAUGCAAGUUGCGGAAGGAUGUGUGCAAAAGGCUGUUAACUAAUUAAAACUUCUUCACUGAUGAAGCAUAUGCCUUUUUAUAUCCAUAAGUCACAGAAUGGAGUUGUGUAUUAAGGUUGAUUGCAGUGUAUAUAUAGGGUAGGUUUGUGCAACACACCGCAAUCUCCAUUGAAAGAAGUGAUUGCUAUUUUAAAUGUAUAUUCUCACAUUAGAUAUAAUUCAUUAAUGGCUAGUUUUAUUAUUGAUUCAAAGAGUAAUUUAAGUUUUUUUUUUUUUUUUUUUUUAAAUAAAUGGUAUGUACUUACAUUUUUACAUUUUUAAUUGUACUAAUAGCUUGACACUGUUAUUGGUCUUUUGGAGUGAACAAAGGAACCAUAGAAGUGUAAUUCACUAGUAACAAAGGACACAAAGCAACUGAUUAUUGUGAGAUAGAGAAAGCGAAAACCAUUCUUCACAAUGCAAGUCCAGCCUUCCAUUUUAUAGCAGAUGCUCAGUGUAACAGAUAACAAGUAGGCGAUUUAAUUUAUGUUGUGCAAAGAGGCAAAAUUGAGCAUUGUACACUGUAUUACACAAUAACUGGGUAAAGCUUCAGUGCUGCUGGAUGAACUGUACAGCACUGAAAAGUUCCCACAACAGCAUGGAUUGCAACCUAUAUCUAAAACGUUCAGCUAGUUUUAAUUAUGAGAGAAUGCAGACACUAAGAGAUCCUGAGAAUGUUUGCUUUUUUGCUUCCUUUAUAGUCCCUGCUGACCUUACUCCUGAAGAGCGUAUUGAGUUGGAGAACAUCCGUCGUCGGAAACAGGAACUGCUCGUGGAGAUCCAGAGGUUGAAAGAUGAGCUAAGUGAGGCUAUGAAUGAGGUGGAAGGCCUGGAAGCAAACGAAGGAAGGUAUGAUUUUUGUACAGAGUUUUAUUUUUAAAUUUUUUUGGGGGGGGGGGGAAUGAAUAAUGCAUUCAAUAAAUAGACCAUGUCAUAUUGUGGAAAUUGCGACUUUCAAAACUCUUCUUAAUUCAUUUUGGCAUCGGCUCCCUUCUUUUUGAUACUUCUUGCAAUUUCCUGAAAUAAUAAUUGUCUGCAUCAGUGUUUCCCAAACUUUUUAGGUUCAAGGCACCCUUAAUAUUUCAAUAUUUUUCCAAGGCACCCCAAGUCAAAAUUUCUAGGAUAUAUAUUUGUACAGCGCUGCAGCAUUUACUACUGGCGCUAUAGUGUAAUGUACAGUGUUUGAAGGGGUGCUUGUAUAUAGUUUUAGUGUAAAAGCACACUCCUGCAAUCGAACACAAACAUUACAUACUAACGCACCCCUGUAUUAAAUGUUUGAGUUUGACUGCAGGGGUGUGUCUGAAUGUAAUGUUCACUUUUAAAUGCGAAUGUACAUUUGUGUGUAGUAUUUACGUUUGAGAGAAUGGGUGUGUUUGCAUAUUUUUUUGGAGUUUGAAUGCAGAGGUGUGUUUGUAUGUGAUGUUUGUGUUAGACAGCAGGAGUGUGCUUUUAUGCUUCCCACACAUACACACAAUCCUUCCAACUCAUACAUACACACACCCAAGUGGUAUUUUUCUAUAUCUCCAGCCACCCUCCUGUUAGUUUACUUUGUGUCCGGGAGGGUGGCUUGGAGUCCUGCUUGCCGGUGUGAGUGAGGGGUCUGGAGCAGCUCCUGCAGUUCUCCUCUCCAUUUAUGCUGCGGCUGCCUCCUCUCCCUCCCACACUGUCUCCCUGCAUGAUGCUGGGAGGAAGUGACAGGCUGUCACUUCCUCCCAGCCAGCCGACCUAACAUAGUCCCGGUCACCUGACCCUGCCUCUGUUCAACAGUAAUGUUUCCCCAGUGCUAUAAACACAGCACCGGGGAAACAUUCAGCGGUACCCCUGUGUACUAGUCCCAGCGCCCUGGCAGACAGUUUGGGAGCUGCUGGUCUACAUUAAUGGGGGUCAUGGGAUGUAAUAUAUUUACAUUUUUUUAAUUCUUUAAUGUUGAGAAUACCUAACAUUUUUCCUUUAUCUAUUAGUUUAUUAUAAUAAUAUGAUGAUUGUGUACCUGUGGCAAAGCCAGACUCUAGAAGUUCAAGAAUUUACUCUUGCUUCCUGGAAAAUAUAAUAAUGAAAUUAUUUUCCAGAGAAUUUCAUAUUUUCAGUGUUCAUGCAUGUCUACUUAUUUUAUUUCAUGAUGUCAUGAGAUUGUCUCUAAAGGUAGCUCGAAACAAAUAUGGAGCAAAAUCCCAGAUCCACUUGUUUGAAUGGCUUUAGCUGUCUUUUGUAGGAACAUUGCUGUAUUUUAAAUAGCAUUGUUAGUGAAAUUAGAAAUUUUCUACAGUCUGUUAAAAAAAAAUAUAUAUAUAUAUUAAAAUAGAAAUUCAUGGAGGAUCCCAAUCUAAAUACAAAUGCAAAAAUUAACAAUAAUAUUAAUAUAUGAAACAUUCUAAAGCACUUUAGCUUGCUGAAAAUUGUCCAAUUCUUUUUUUUUUUUUUUAUCAUUUUGCAUGAAGUGCAGAUUUCAGUAGCAAUAGAAACUGCUAAAUUAACCUUGUUACAUAUACUCCUUUUUAGGCAGACAACUGGGCCUGUUACUUCCUGGUUUGUUUAGCUCAGUGCAGCUAAACUCAAGAGGCAGCAAUUUCCCAGAGCAGACUUCUCAUUGAGCUGCAUUGUAAAGUCUGUGAUUGAACAUCCACAGAAAGUCUUGGCUGGAGUUGGUAGGGGAGGGUUUGCAAAGGCAGCAGACAAGAGAACUUCAGGUUUUGAAAGCUGUUUCUGGUUAUAAUGAAAACAAUGCAUAAUUAAAUGCAUGGAUGUUUUCAUUUGAGGUAUAUCUACUAAACAGUGGUUUUAAUUUAUUUUGUGUUUUGAGUAAUGUAGUGUCCCUCUAACAAAAGAGAAAGACAGCUUAUAUUCUUGUGCCAUGGCAGUCUGUUCUCAACAGGCUCCUCCUCCUCUGUUGAUUUCAUCAGUCAAAAUAAUCCUUUUCCAAUCAGGUCUUCACCUUGAGAAACAUUGUUGACAAAGGGCAAAUGCACAGGACUUGCUGCACUCAGUCAAAUGCUUCUUCUAUUGAAGGCCCUGAGCAGGAAGAUUUUGACAGCCACUAGAUGGUGUGCUUCUGCACAGAAGUAAAAAUUUCUGUUUAUCAGAAAUAAGGGUUGUGGAAAUGUAAAACAAAAAAAUCUAUAUGUUCAAUAGAAUAUAUAAGUAACCCAGUCUCUAUUGUCCAAUCUUAUAUGACAAUCUUAGACACGACACAGUGUCUCGCUCCCCACACACACACUCAUGUAUAACGGGUAUGUGUGGUGUCUGCCAUCUGAUGGGCAAUUUGUGUGUUCCUGUGUGAAGGGCGUGUAAUGAGUGGUGUGUGUGUAUUUUGUUUUGCUCAUGAUCUAUGGAGGUCUAGUGUAGAACAAAGUAUCUGGUGAUCUAGUGUGGUAGCGUAUAUGGUCUGCAGCGGGUGAGUGAGGGAAUACCACAGUUUUCAGUCCCUCACUGUCCAGCACUCAUAGAAUGGAGUGCACUAUAGGAGUCACGGCAGUUGAACUCUGACUCACUAGUGAGUGCCAGACUACGAUGGAGCACUUACUGUGAUCUGCAAACUGGCACAAAGGUGCAGACAACACAAUCCCCAGUCCUGACCCCAGUGUCCCUUGUAACAGCCUCUUAACAACAUCAUGGCAGGGUAAGCUGCCUGGAACUGCUGCCUGAACAAAGUAACCGGGUCUGUGCGUAAAAAAACACCUAAUUAGGAUGAAGUGUUUUGGUGCUUAGUGUGCCAUUAACAGGAGACUUUAUGCUAUAGUAGAGUAUUCUUAUUUAUUCUUUGGCUUUUAAGAACUUUAUUACCCUUGACAUACUGGCAUACCUGCAUGUUUAGAUUUACUCAUAUUGAAAAUAAGUCACGUGUAGAAACAUAAAUUUCAUAUUGUUCAUAGCCUAAUCGAUAUACAUAUUUUUCUCGUAGUAAAACUUUGCAGAGAAAUCGUAAAGUUGGCAUGGGAAGGAAGAAAUUCAACAUGGAUCCUAAAAAGGUAGGAUGUGUGCAUAUAUUAACAAAAAAAAUUCUUUUUAUUUGAUAGUGCACUUUUUGAGUAGCCUAAAUAUUGUGUGUUUUUUUUUUCUGUGUGUUCCUCUCUAUCCAAAGAGGUAGCAGCACUCACGGAGUUUAAAAGUCUUAAUCUUUAUUUGGUCAUAUUAAUUGUGAUUUUUAAUAUGACCAAAUAAAGAUUACGACUUUUAAACUCCGUGAGUCCUGCUACCUCUUUGGAGAUCUGGAAAACCAAGCCCUGGCUUAGCACCCGGCAAACAAGGGACAUUUACAGCGUGAGUGCAAGAGAUUUAUAUAUAUAUCUCUAUCUCUAUCUCUCUUUAUAUUUAUAUAUAUAUAUAUAUAUAUAUAUAUAUAUAUAUAUAUAAUAUCUAUAUCUUCUAUUAAAAAAUAUAUAUUUUAAACCAAUAAGAAAGAUGUUUUGCUUUCAAGUAACUUGCACUGUAUAUCAGUUACUGUAAUUUCAGUAAUACGGUUUUGUUGCUUUUAGCAGUUUAAAAAAAUAAAAAAAAUAAAAUGUCUCCAAUGUUUUGAACCUAAUCUGAUUUUUCAUUUCUCAUCUCAUUCAAGGGUAUAGUUUACUUACAGGAAAACGACCUGCUUCGUAACACCCCAGAAGAAAUAGCACGUUUUCUUUACAAGGGGGAAGGCCUAAAUAAAACUGCAAUCGGUGAUUAUUUAGGAGAGAGGUAAGGGGUGGUUCCUUGAUAGUAUUCAAAUGUAUAUUGUAUACUAAAAUGAGUGCAUUACGUAUGAGGGCAUUUAGGAGUGUGUAAUUCUCAGGGUUUUGCUAUUAUCCUUGGAAAAUUUAGGAACUAGACCUAAUACUCCGGGCCAGUGCACCUGCCGGCGGGUGCCCACUGGGAUAUUUCCUGGUGGGCUCCCUUUGUCUUGGGUUGCAGUACAGCUGCCCCCCUCAGCGACGGGCUACUCCUCCAUGCGCCCGAAGGUGGUGGCGCCCAGAGGAGCUCUGUCACAGGUUGGUCAUCUGGCCACCUCAGGGUGCCCCGCCCCCUAAGUUGUCUUUCAGUAUGGCAGAACAGGCACCAGCUUACCUUGAUGGCAGGUGCCCAUGAGAAUGCAGGCAGCAAACGAGGCUGUUCUUGCAGUCUCACUCCUCUCUUGCGCACCCUCUGUGAUGCCGGGAGCCGGAAUAUGACGUCAUUCCGGCCCCGGCAUACUAAACAGCGGGCGGGAGGAGUGAGAGACUGCCCCAUACUGGACCCCAGUGCUUGAGUGUCUGUGAGGGAGGGAGCGAGUCUGUCUGUCACAUGAGGGGGUGGCAAGAUGGAUCUUUGUCUAAGGCAGCAGAAAUCCUUGCACCGGCCCUAAUUAUACUAAAACAUGUCUGCCCACAUAAUUGGUUGCUCUGUCCUUCACAAUGUAUCACCACGCUCACACACUUGCAUAUGAAGCUACUCACAUGUCUACCUACACAAACUCUGAAUUGAACUUCAAACCUACUCUUCCCUGCUCAUAUAAAAAAAUGCUAAUCUGUAGCGCCUAGUAAAGUUCAGGAUGUAAAAUACACUUUAAUACAAUUGUAACUGCAGGAAAAAACAUUCUGAUGGUAAAUAUACCCACAAAAUCUAAAAAUGGUUAAAAUCUACUAAAGAGAAAACAGAGGUACAAAUGUUGGUAUAUUUUUGUUGGAGAUAAAACUCCUGUAUCACUUAAAGGGACUAUCCAGGCAGAGUAGUUUACUCACCUGGUUCCAGCACAGGGAGCCUCGUGAAGCCGCACCCCCUAUUUCGUCAAAAUGACGAAAUAGGCGGGCGCGAGCAGGGAGCAAUUAGACGCUUCCAUUUGGAAGCAUCAUUGCUCCCUUGUGCGCAUGCGCGGCUUCGACGCACAUACUUCAUAGGGUGGCAUUUAUGCCGCCCGCUGAAGUCCUGAGCGCACUACCGCGUGUGUGCGAGCUGACUGACAGCUCAGCUCGCGGUCUUUGCCCACCCCCUCUCCUCUGCUGACAGGCAAGAGAGAGAAGGCGCGCACACAGUACCUUCUCUCUCUUGCACACGUCAGACUUAUCUUAAUAUGUCUGACGUGUACAAGGCCUUUUUUAGGGCCCUACAUGAUAGGAAGUCCCUCUGGUGGCCGUCUGAGUGACGGCCACUGGAGGUAUUCCUAUCAAUCAAUGUAAACACUGUAUUUUCCAUGAAAAUACAGUGUUUGCAUUAGAUUGCCUGCAGGGAGCUAUAGAUCUCACCUGAACAAAUACAUACAGCUGUAGUUGUUCAGGUGACUAUAGUGUCCCUUUAAAAUUUACAGUCUUUAAAAGCACAGAAGUCUCCAGUUUCUUUGCAUUGAUAGACAAGCUGGUCUAUUGAGUACAAAAUGUGUUACAUGAUCUGAUACACUUGGGCACAUUGUUGCUAAUAUUGGGAAGCUCUGCUGACAAUGAAUGUGUAGGAAGAAAGCGUGUAAUCCUACAUUUUAUGUAAAAGGACUAAAGUUAUCUUUAGGAUCUUGGUUUGUGAAAGAAAUUGGAGUUUUGUGCAUUUAAAGACUGAUCUGAAUACAGAAAUGUUAUCUCCAGCAGAAUUACAAUAUUUUACAAAGGAAUAAAUAGGCGGGUGAUAAUAGGUCCCAACUCUAGUGUAGGCAAGCCACUGUACUGAGGUCACUCUAAACCCCUAUACAAAAUAAACACAAUGUCUGAACACUAGUACAGACUACAGGGCGCCACAAACACUAAGACAUAUAGUAGUAUGGUAUAGAAUAAUCCCAUAAAUGAAGAGUAAUCCGUGGAGAUAGAAAAUCCACUUUAUUUGAAACAGUAAUACGCAAAAGUGCAACGUGCACAAUAUGGAUAAAAUAACAAUAAUAAAAAGUAAAUAUACAGCCAAAUUGGCCAAGAACCCCUAAGGAUAGCAGCUAUAAUCAUACAAGGAGCUUGAAUAAUAGUAAAGUACCAAGUGCUGAAGUACAAAAGUACAAGUGUCAAUAAUAUUGCUCCAUGAGCUAAAAACAGCAUAAAGUGCACAAAUACUAUAAGAUGAAAUGCUUGUAGAGAAAAGACUGCUAUACCAAAACUGCAGGGAUCUUUUUAUUAUUGUUAUUUUAUCCAUAUUGUGCACGUUGCACUUUUGGGUAUUACUGUUUCAAAUAAAGUGGAUUUUAUAUCUCCACGGAUUACUCUUCAUUUAUGGGAUUAUUCUAUACCAUACUACAAUAUUUUACGGUUUGUUUUUUGCCACCUAUUUUUGAUCGUUUGUACUCUUCUCUGCUGCUUACCUCUGACUGAGGUGAGUUAUGGAAAGGACAGACUGUUUCAAGACCCACUGUACGGUAUCCUGACUAAGAACACUGUAAGGAUGUGAUAUCCAAACCUUGCAGAAUAAGGUGAUGUCUUUCUAUACCUUUACAACUUUUAACUACCUUCUAUCACACAAAAAAAUAAAGGUGUUGUGCUGGACUGACUACCAAAGUAUGAAUUAACAGUGUAGGUUUGUCAAACUAUGCAGGAAUUAACUAAAUAGUUUCGUUUUGAAUUCUGUCAAAAUUAUAAAAGUAUUGUUUUAUAAAGACCAUUAGAUCUCUCUCCAAUAAAUUGUGUGACUGUUGUCGCUUUGUAUAUCUAAAAAUAUUUUCUGAUAAAUGGAGAAGUCUAACUAAAUUUUUAUGAUUCAAUCACCAUUUCUAUGCAUUUUUUUUCUCAUAUUUUUUUUUUUUUUUUUUACAUUUUUUUUUAAUUCUUCUAAGAGAGGAUCUCAACCUUGCAGUUCUCCAUGCCUUUGUGGACCUUCAUGAGUUUACAGACCUUAAUUUGGUGCAGGCUCUAAGGUAAGUUUACAUAGAUGCUUGUCACAUAUUAAAAUAACAUUUGUUCUAUAGUCUUUGAGUUACAAAAUAGGGCGAUUUUAAGGGAGGAAGUGGUCAUUGUAAGUUUCUAACCACAGAGAGGAAAGAAAAUCAUGCAGGAAGGCGUCAAACAAGUCGGAGGCGAUGUGUGGUCUGUACAUGGCCAUAUUGUCUUUAUUAGACAUUUCAAAACAACCAAUUUUAAAUAUAUAUAUAUAAUUGUUUUUUAUAAACAUAUGGUUUAGCUUGUUGCAUAAAAAAAGUUACAAGUUCACAAAACAUAUUAAAGUGUUUUCUUAUCAAGUUAAUUAUCUUAACUUCAUAGUUGUCCAAAUUUAAGCUUUCUUAGUAGCUGAUGAUUUUAAUGAACUUUUGCAGUAUUGUUAUGUUAUAACACGGCGAGUUUACGGAAUAUGAAUUUUUUUUAAAUGGGAUCUGUCAAGUCAUAGGCUUAAUUUAUUCCAAUUUGACAUCUGAUGCCUUAUUGCAAACCAAUCUUUUUGUUACAUUUAGACAAUUCCUAUGGAGUUUUCGCCUGCCAGGAGAGGCACAGAAAAUUGACCGAAUGAUGGAGGCAUUUGCACAAAGAUACUGCAUGUGUAACCCAGGCGUGUUUCAAUCCACAGGUACACGUUUUGCCUGACAAUGUGUAUUUUAUUGUUUGUGUGACGUUCAAUUAUACUGAAAUUGGGAUUUACUGAAUUUACUGCAUUUUUAAACAAGGGUUGCAAAGAAAAGGCAUGGUUGAGAAUGAGUAAAUGUUGGCUUCCUAUUUUCAGUAAAAUACUUACUAUUCUAGACCAUUAAAAAUAUGGUGGAUUUGACUUAACGCAGCAUGGUCACCCCCUCCGCCUCCCUCCCCUCCACCUCCAAAAUGACUAUUACAUAAAGAUAGAAUCUGUGUUGGAAUUUCAGAUAUUCCAACCCAUUGAAAGGAUCUACUGAAACAAAGUAGGGACUAUAGUGUCUCAGUUUUCCUACACUUUACCCUUCAUACUAGGCGGAGCUAACUCCGUAAAAAAAGUGCAUCCCCCAGCCAUCACCAUUAAAGGCUGCAGGGAAUUGGCGCUAUCCACGGAGAAUCUCGCGAGAGUACACCAACAGCUACUAAUUGUUAAGUAAUCUUGUAUAUAUCCUAUCUUAAAAGGACUCUGCCUUUUUAUUUCUUUAACGUAUCGCUUAUUUUCUGUUGUGUUUGCAGACACAUGCUAUGUUCUGUCGUUUGCUGUUAUCAUGCUGAACACUAGUCUACACAAUCCCAAUGUUCGAGAUAAGCCUAGUGUUGAGAGAUUCAUCUCCAUGAACAGGGGCAUCAAUGAUGGAGGAGAUCUUCCUGAGGAGCUGCUCAGGGUUAGUGAAACUGAAAGUCUGUAUUUAUGACGGGGUGUGGUUGCUCCAUGCUGUUUGUAAUAAUAUAUGCCUUUCUUUUCACUUGUGUAUUAUUAAUAGCAGAUUAUACAGAUGUGUAUAUGAUCCAAUGGCCUUACCGGUCUAGCUGGGGUGGUUAUUUUAUGUCUUAACAACAUCGCACAAGCAAAGCAAUGAGUAAUACAUUGGGUAAUUUUUUCACAUCCAGCUUUGGUCACCACUUGCUUAAUUACUUCAUAACUAAGACAUCUCAGAGAUGCAUUGUUCUUCCUGAUUUGCUGACAGAUAUAAAAUUGUCACUGUAUAUAUAUCAAUUACAUUUAAAUAAUUAGGGUUACUCUUUAACCUGCAAACUCUGUAAAAUUUCCAAUUACAAGCCUAAGUAGGCAAAUAUUAGAAACCUAGAAUUCCAUAGUCAUUUCUGCAACUUAGUGGAAAAAACCCAAAUGCUUAUCUACAUAGAAUACCGUUUCUGUCUACAAUGUAUUGUCUGUUGGUUUACUUGCUAUGCAUUAAUAAAUAUGUAAGGGCGUGAAGUGCAGAAAAUGAUUCUCAUAGUCUUCUGGAUAAAGCUUUUAUUUUUUGUUGUUGCAGAACUUGUACGACAGCAUCAGAAAUGAACCAUUUAAGAUCCCAGAGGAUGAUGGGAAUGACCUGACUCAUACAUUCUUUAACCCUGACAGGGAAGGCUGGCUCCUAAAAUUGGGUGAGAACUUAAUUUUUAAUUAUUCAUUCCAAGUCUCAAGCCUUUUAUUCUUCUACGUCUUUCUGCUCCUCUAUUCGCCAUCCCACCACAUCCCUCUGGAGCCACUUUGUUAUAUGCAGUGUGACCUUUACAAGCUAGAAAUGUGUACACUUUGCUCUCUAUUAAAAUAUGCUGACGAUUUCUAGAAUUCCCUCCAGAUUGCACACGCUAAGGAGGGGGGGGGACACCUUUCCAUACUUCAUAUUCCAUUAAUCAUCAAAAUAUCAUUUGAAAGACUAUCAGUGUCUUGAGACCUCAUUCUCCAUAUAUAAAUCGGCAAAAAAGCUAAAACAUUUUAGAAUUAAAUGAAUAGUUUGUUUUCCAUCAGUUGAAAUAAAGUUAUCGAAACCCAGAGCCAGUGUUACAACGUGGGCGUUCAGUUUGCAGCCAAAUUUAAUUUACUUAUUGUACAAAAAUCAGUAAUCCAAGUAACUGCACAAAGGUCCAUGCUAUCAAUUUAUGUGAAAGAACUGUCCUCUCAUAUAGUAUGCAUACCAUACCUAUAUGAAACCAGAGCAAAAAAGUCCUGCAAAAAACUCAACUGAAUGUUUUAAUGAAAACUGAAAUGAAGAAUGCACAAUGAAUCUAUAAUCCUUUGUUUUAUUUAUAUCUUUCUGCAGGGUAGCUUGUGUGCCAUUCUCAGUAUGAGGAUUAUUAGAUUUACUUGUAUUCUAUUUAAUACUCUGCCUCUCCUUUGCAAGGAAUUUUAAAUGGGGAAAUGUGUAUUUACAAUGACGAACAUGAAAAGAAAACGAAAACAUUGGCUAAUUUUUAAGUAGGAUAUCUGCUCUGAUAAGAGCUGAAUUUUUAUAGAGUACAAAUCCUUUUCCAACACAUCUCCCCAGAAAACUGCAAUCCAGUUAAAUCUGUGUCUUAGAAAUAUUUUGUUCUUGCUUGACACCCUUUAAUAUUUAAUGCACUAAAACACUUUGUGCCUAGAGGAUGUGUAUGAACCUAGUCUUCCGCCUUUUGUUUAUGUAACUUAUUUUUCCUUUUCUCUCUCUCCUUGCCCACCUUCCUGCUCCACUCCCUAUGUUUUGCACAUCUCUUUUUACUUUUUCCCCCCUCCCCUUUUUGCCCUUUUCCCUUUCUCUGCUUUUCCUGCCCUAUGUGCUACGCGGCUGAUGACAUUUGCUCUUCCGUCUGCUCACAAUAACUACCCAGGAGGUAGGUAGAGCUAAAUGUUACACUCAGCCCACUGUAUAGCUUCACCUAUAAUAUUCCAUUGAAAUGUGGUUUCAUGUCUUCAGUUUGCAAAUUGAUUUACAUAGAAAGAAAAUAAGUUUACCUGAGCACUAUCCAAUAUCGCUAUGUACUUUUAAAUAACUGGAGGAUUUUUAGUAUCACUCCAAUGGUUAUUUAAGUGUAAACUCGCCUGCCACAUCAAGGCCAAACCUCUUCAAUGAGUCUUACACUAACAAUUCAUCUUGUUGCUUUCAGCAAAAAUGGCUUUAAUGUGGCUGUGUAAUCCAAAAUGUUGUGUGUUUGCAUUUGCUUGAAUCCUGAACGGCCAAGAGUAGUGGGAGUCUGAGCGCUAGGAUUAAUUAUGUGUUUGUAUUUAUAAUCAAUUCACAUAUUUUUGCUUUUCUUAAAGUUAAGGUUUAUUUUAAACAAAACUUUAAGAUUUGGGCAAAUGUUUUGUUCUUAAUUUUAAUUUAUUCAUGAAUCCUGUUAAUUUGGUUAAUUCUUUUUCUUUUUCUUUUUUUUCUUUUUUUUGAAACGAUUAUUCUUCAAUUUUUAGGGGAGGGGGUUAAAGAUAGGUCCUAUACUGGAGAAUUAAAAAUGUUGUUACAAAAAUUCAAUAUGUACCAUCAAAUUUCUGAACGAUGAGAGUAUCAGAUUCAGCCAUAGAUUUAUUUCAGAGCAAUCUACAAAGUCAUUGGAUAAUGUUCCUUAAUUAUGGUUCAAGCAGUCAUGGAGUCUUGUUUUUUUUCAUAACUAAUAUUAAUAGCAAUCUAUGUCUAAGUUUAGUAAUUAGACCUCUGGAAUAGAAGUGCACUCCUGGGUUCUGUUGAAAAAAUAAAUUUGUGAUUAAGAUUUUAUGAAGAAAAAAACCCACAACUUUGCAUUUGCAGUGCAAUUUCACAUUAAAUUUCAAUGCAGUGAAACGAUAUCCUUAGACAAAGCAUGAGCAAAUCACUUAUUUGGCAAAUAUAGCAAUGGGUGGAACAUCUGCCACCUUAUCUAGCCAUUUCCCAUCCGAUAAGUAUAUCUACUCCCUUCCAUGGAACUCCACGAUAGUUCUGCUUAAAAAAGAAAAUGUGUAAACAUUUAGCCCAAGUAAAAAGGGCCUUUAAUGCGGACCCCACAGUGCACCUAACAUUUUAUUUCCGUCACACCUAGUUUGUGGUGUUGGGCCUAAAUUCCCACUGAGCAAGCAGUAUGUACGGUAGCAGUCAUCCCAUAUAGGAUUCAUUAAUAUCUGUACAUCUGCAUUCACCCAGAAAAUGUAAAAACCACACCUGAUUUAAAAAACUCUCCCAGGACACACUAAAAAACUAAAACGGACGUAUGAAUGUUUUUUGUUUUUUCUAUUGCAGCCUAUGGAUUUUUACAGGUCUUCCUUACUUAUUUGCUUGCACAGUGAGCUACUUUCACUGUUAGUAACUAUGAUGGUGUUUAAUCCUCAUAUUGUUAUCAUGAAAUUCACCAAAUAACCAUUUUAAUUCCAUAUAUAUUUAAUGCUGUCACUAUGAUCUUCCUAUGGCUUAGAUUUUGUACUUGUAUAACUUUUUGUUCUCCUGUAGAUGUAAUGAAUGCUUUGUCAUAUUACUAUUGCUUGUGUAGAUGUUUGUGUAAAUUCUGAAUGUCUUGCAGGUGGUAGAGUGAAAACGUGGAAGAGACGUUGGUUUAUUCUAACUGAUAACUGUUUGUAUUACUUUGAAUAUACUACGGUGAGUUCCACAUGUAGACAAGUGUAGCACGGAACUGCUGUGUUCUUCUUGUUUUCCUUCUAAAUAUUUGUUUCUUUACAGGAUAAGGAGCCACGUGGUAUCAUUCCAUUGGAGAAUCUUAGUAUUCGGGAAGUUGAGGAUCCAAGGAAACCAGUAAGAAUUUUCACUGUUAACAUUUGUGUCCUCAUUGAACGUACCAUUAUUAAAACUGUCCUCUCUUUAGAUUUUAUCUGUAUUAUUAUUAUUAAAAGAACAAUUUUGAAUGCAUUACAAAUUCAUUCAGAAUUAGGUUAUUGUGCGAGGAGGUCCACGGGCACCAGCCUACCUCAAGGGGUUAAAACAUUAACAAAUGGAAUGGUUUAACGCCAUGGUCUGGCGCUUGAAAGCUCUCCCCACAAACAUCCACCACAGUCUGAGGCUUAAAUCAGGAAGCCUUGAACAAGGGUAUCAAUGAUGCUACUGGUACUCAUCAGCUCUACAUUCACAAAACCGAGUGAGAAACAUUCUGAUGAAGCUCUUAUGCUGCCCGGUGAGCCCCUUUUAAUGGUGUUUUAUUCAGAAUUUAUGCACAUAAUUUGCAAAUACUGUCACAUUAACAUUUAUUUAAGUGGGCAUAAAUUCUGAAAAAAUCUUGAACAGUGUAUAUCUGAUGGGUAGUAGAAGACGCAAACAUCCUGGGAUUCUAUGACUACACAUGGUCUACCUGAUUGCUGACCUUCUCUUAUACUAAAAAGGCAAUGAAUAGUCUUAGCCUGGUCAAUGUUUGGUAGUUUAGUGUAAUUUUCCUCUUCAGUCUCUGUGCCAAAAUAAGGACAUUUACUGUUUGUUGGUUUUAAAGUUUUCUGUGAUUAGACUUAAAGAUAAAUAGGACUGUUCAACUGCCCUCUUUAAUUCUUCUCUUGCCACAGAACUGCUUUGAGCUUUACAUUCCAAAUAACAAAGGGCAGUUGAUAAAAGCUUGCAAGACAGAAGCAGAUGGCAGAGUGGUGGAAGGCAACCAUAAUGUGUAUAGAAUUUCGGCACCAACGCAAGAAGAAAAAGAUGAGUGGAUCAAGUCUAUAAAGUAAGGAGAAUCUUUCUAUGUUUGUACAUCUCUGUAUUUUCCUGAUAUAAUACAGGUAGCAUCCAUGCCAUUCAUUAAAGGGAUACUAUAAGAACCAUAACAGCUCUUGCUUGAUGGAGAUGUUUUGGUGCAUAGAUCAUGACCAUGCAGUCUAACUGAUUUAAUGUCUGCCUUUUAGGUGUUAAAGGGACAUUCAUCACUCGACCAUUAUAUUUUAAACCAAUAAGCAAACAAUUUAAAUUUUUUUUCCAAAAUAUUAAUGUAGAAAAAUACUAAGUAAUGCACUUAGGGGUAAAGAAUGCCCAAGCAACUUUCCCCCUAAAUGGUAGUGAAUUAGGGAUAACACACCAGAAGGAUUUGGGAAAUGUUAUAGAAGACCACAAACUAAGCUACGAUGUGUCAAUCAGCAGUGGCUAAAGCCAGUAAGGUAACAUGUAUAAAAAGUGGUGAAAAUAUAGUUUUGCCUCUUUAUAAAUCACUGCUUAGACCACACCUUGAAUAUGCUGUGCAAUUUUGGGCACCUGUUUUAAAGAAGUAUAUUAUGGCAAUAGAAAAACUACAGAGGCAGGCUACAAAAUUUAAUAAAAGGAAUGAGGCAUUUUUGUUAUGAAGAAAGGUUAACAAAUUUAAAACUCUUUAGUGUAGAAAAACAGCACCUCAGAUGGGAUAUAAUGGCAUUCGACAAAUAUAAUCGGGGGCCAAUACAAACCAUUGUCUGGAAAUCUACUCAUAAUAGGACACAAGGUCAUGCACUUAGACUGGAAGAGAGGAGAUGUAGUCUAAGGCAAAUUAAAGGUGUGUUGUUUUUUUUUUUUGUUUUUUUUUUAUAGUUGACAGUAAGAACAAUAAGGAUGUAGAAUUGUCUGCCUAAAUAAGUGGUUUUAUCAGAGUCUGUGCAGAUGUUUAGAGUAACUGGAUGCACUCUUGCAAAUACAUAAUAUUCAGGGAUAUAAUUUUAAUUAGUGGAGUAAUAGCUUCUUGAUCCAAGGAUAAAUCUGACUGCCAUUCUGGGGUCAAGUUUUGCAAAAUUAGAAGUGCUUCAAACUGGGAUUUUUCCUCCUUCAAUAGCAGAAACAGAUGUGAGACUGAACUUUAUCAACACGUCUUUUCAGCCUAUGUAACAUAAAGAGACUUUGCAAAGUAAGUUUGCAGUUGUAGUAAAAAUGUAUAAACUUGGUCAGAUUGCAUUGUUGGAAACGCCCCUAACGUAGGUAGAAAGGGAAGUUCUUCAAACCCCCCUCACCCUCCCAACUCUAUUUCAGACCAGUUAAUAGUUGACAGACACAAGCCAUCAUUGUGCAGCAACAGGAGAGAGAAAUCCGACACCGGAGCCUGCUCUGCAUUAAUCACAUUGAUCAAACAUCCUCUCUUCGCCCUCUGUCAGGAUGUUGUAAGAUGAAGAGGUCUUCCAACUGCUGUGUAAAGCUGGCAGGCAUGCCCAAUGCACUUUUCCAUCAUUCCAAGGGAUAGAACACGGAUUGGUUAGAUUAGUGUCCCCCCGUAGUGGUUGUGAAAAGCAAAAGAAAGUAGAAGCAGGUAAAUAUGAAAAAAAAAUCAUAUUUACCUGCUUUUUUUUUUUCAGCCUGCAGAGUGAGGCAACUGUCCCAUUAAAAGCUAAAGCUUUUGAAUGAGACAAUUGUCUGAGUGAAGCAUGUCCAUUUAAGUCACUUUGUUUGUACAGACUUGGUCUCACCUCCCAUGCAUGUCCUACAGCCUCUCUACACAUUUUCUGUUAAGAGAAAUCUAAUGUUUAAACCUCCACUAUGGCACAGUUUGUUUCGAUUUUCUGUGCUUAUCCCCUACUAGAGCUUACAGGAGCCUCCUGUGUGUGAUUGGUGUAUUCACUGAAUGGAGAAUUCAAAGUAAAUUUAGAAUUUAAGAUCAGAAUAGCUGAACUGAAAAAAUCCUCAGUCAUAAGGAUAAGUCAGCUUUACAUUUGAAAUUCUCUUUGAAUUCUCACUUUAGAAAAUAACGCUGUAAAGUUCAAUUGACAGAGCAGGAAAUAAAAAUGUAUAAAGUAAACACACUUUUCUUGUUUGUGAGUCACAGCUGAACAGAACCCAGUGGUUUUAUACCUAAAUAACAGGGAUUAAGCAGUGAGACUGCAGUAAGAUCUAUACACUUCAACGUAAUGGAGCAGUUUUAGUGUAGGUUUCCUUAAACAGAUUAAUUCAGCUAAAGUUGUCUUGGUGCUGAGAGUAUCCGUUUAGUGAAGGGAGUGGCAUUGUAUGCUGCAGCAACUAUAGACCUAUCCGCUAAACUACUGAGCGGAAAUAUCUGCAAACAGAAUAAAAAAAAAAAGCCUUUAUUUUUAUUUUUUUACUGCAAAGCACUGUCACUAUUUUGUUCUACACAGUGGUGCAGAUCUGUCUGAUUGUUUUCAAUUAAACAGCCAAUCAAAACAUUUGUUUUGAUUCUAAAUAAAUCUGAUUAUAAAUUGCAAUGCUGAAGACUGACACCCAGCAACAGGUUCUACAUAUUUUAGUUUUCCCUGUGCUCAUUAAUUCUGCUAUAUCUAGGCAUGUAUUAUAUCUGCUUGGUAAUGUAAGUGUAUCUUAUUUAGGGCAGCUGUAAGUGUGGACCCAUUCUAUGAGAUGCUGGCCGCUCGGAAGAAAAGGAUCUCGGUCAAGAAAAAGCAGCAAAUGCAACAGCAGCAGCAGGAACAGUCUUAAAAAGGACAAACACACAAUGUUGUUUUGGCAAUACUGCCAUCUUCUGGCCUGCAGUCUCUUCCAAACACUCCUUUGCAAGGUGAAGCUUGCAACUUUAUACUGGUUGUCUGUUAUUGGGGAGGGGGGGCAGGACUGGUUCAAAAGACUUUGAACUUGCAGCUGGAGUGUGUCUGGUCUUGUAUCAUUUCAAAACUUUUCUAUGAAGAUGUUUGCUACAGAUGCCAAUGCAAAUGAGCCAGUUUGUAGAUUUUCUAAUAAUGGACUAAAAUUAGGGUUUUUUGUUUUGUUUUGUUUUUGCUCGAAAAAAUCUUUUUUAAUAUAUUUUCAGCCUUACAGACAAGCAAACGUUAUGACGUAACUGCAUGAAAAAGCAAUAUGACCAGCAGCACUCACAAAUUCAUGGCACAAAAGAUUGGAAAGUUAUAGUUUCACACUGGUCACACUAUAAUGACACUUUGCUGGACACCAGAAUGAUAUAGAACCAUUGAACAGAUAUCAUACUUAGAACAAACUAGCAGAUAAGAGGUUCUAAAACUGUGCUUUAAGACUGUCCCUUAUACUUGAACUCCAUGUGUCUAAAGCAAGCCUGUCACAUUUGGGUUUUCCAUAAAGAUAAGAUCUUUAUAAAAGGCUAACUGCAUAUUGCUUAAGAAUUUAAAGUGAAAUUACAAAUGCAUUCAAAAAAUCUACAUGCCUUUUAAAUAUGGCAAAUUCAGAAUCUUUCCAUCUGCGUUGUCUUGCCUUUUCCCAUCAGCUGUCUCAAAUGAGGGCUGAAGAGGAGGAGGGGGCAUCUUCUUUUUCAAUGCAAGAUACAUGCUUAUGGCAUCUCUUUUGUGUGUCUUAGAAAAGAACUAUACCUAUGAAGGAUGGUUCCUUCUCGCAAGAUCUUCCAUAUACCCCUGAUGGUCAGGUUUGUCUUCUGCCUUAACACUGCCAACCACCUGGUUGUAUGUGCUAAGAGAGGAAAAGCAGGAGAUGGAUAGGUUUUUGUCUCCUUUUCUCGCAUCAGGCAUCUAGGCAAUUUUAGUGGAUUGUUCUUUACAAUAAAAUGCAGAAACACACUCAGCUGGAAGUUUGUUUUAAGCAUCACUAGUAAGCAAGUAAAUGUUUUUUUGGUUUUUAUAUUUGUUUUUUUGGAGUCCACACACAUAGAAUGGCUAACAAAGCUGUUGUAUAAAUAUUGGGAGAUUAAACAAAAAUUUUAAACUAAAGCAGUACCAAAGGAAUAGAUCUGCUGAUUCUAUUGGUAUCCUUGGUGACUGAACCUUAGUUUGUUGCACCACUUUUUAGAUUAUAACACUUUCAUAAAUAUCUUUACUGUCCUAAUGGACAUAUAUAAAAGCACAGACUUUCCCGUUAUCCCACUUGGAAUGGUGAAAUACUGUGCACUCUUGAGAUAGGGUAUUUACUGCAGUGUUUUAAAAUAUUGAUCCUUUUAUUUCUGUCCUUAAUGUUUUGUGUGCUGAAGAUGUGACCAAUGCACUGCACAAGAUUGCUACUUAAAAAAACAUAAAUAAAUUAUCUAAAGAUAAAUGCAAACCGUUCUGUGGAGAGUGUAAAAUGGAAAUGGUUGAAUUAUGCGAAAGGAAUGUUUCAUUGUUCACUAGGGCUGGAGUAAACUACUGUACAGUUUCUUAUUUAAAACGGAGAGGCCAUUUAGUGUGUCAUCAUGUGCAGUGUAUUUGUGUAAAAUUUUCCGUAUUUGGUUCCUAAUUAAAGCUUGGCAAUCCACCAAGUCAUGCACGUAUGCGACUUUUCAUGUUUUUUGAAAAAAAUGGCACACUAAAUGAGUCUUUAAUUGCUACACACAAAUGCUACACAGGGUAGAGAUUCUGCAACCGCCAGAAAAUAUGACCGAUUUUUUUUUUUUUUUUUUUAAGCCAAUUCCUGAUUUCCCAUUCAAAUAAGUGAGUGAAGCACAGCACAUGUGCGACCAUUGUGUAAAUUGUAUAAAAAUAUAUGAAUAACCAGCAGCUUGAACUCUCCUUCUGGGCUUUCCUCUUGUGCACCACAUCCAAUAAAAGUGUAUUGUGUAUUAGUGAAGCGCUCCACUACCACUAAUACAGUUGAAUUAGUUUAUAUUUGAGAACCAUUGCCUUAGGAUUGUUAUUCGUAUGGCACUUAACUUCGUAUAAUGGUGCACUUUUGUGCAAUACAUUGUAUACAUUUUCAAUUGAAUGGAUUGAACACCAAGAUGGUGUUUUGAAGAGCCAUGUUUUUUAAAAAAAAAAAAAAAAAGUUGUGCAACUAGCAGCUCACAGAUUUUCUUCCCUCCUCCCCCACCCCCAUUUCAAUUUUAAUACAAGUCGUUUUUUUGUUUGUUUUUUGAGACAUUCUUCAGUACUGUAACAAUUUUCUCAUUAAAUGGCUUAUAGUGCUUGAGUCCUCAUGCCACCCUACCUCCAUUCAGUUUAAAACUAUGUUCAAGCAGUUUAACACAAAAUAAAGGGUCCCUGGUCACCCACCGCCAUGCUCCUAUUAGGAGUGUUGCUAAGGCAGACAUUACAUACUUCGUUUUUUCCAUUUUCUCACAGGAAGAGACAAUACGUGGUUUUGACAAGUGAACAUUUCAGAUAGGGGUUUUGUGUGGCUACAGAUCAUGGUUUUUGUGACUUUUUUUUCUUUAUUUCACAUUUGAAAUGGAAUAACUGGUUAGACCGGUUGUUGUACAGUCAUAAUUUUUUGCUUUGUAAGUAUUGUGGUAUUUUGUAAAAUAAGUAAAAUAAAAGAUGCCAAGCAUGUUUUAGGCAGUUCUGCCUAACUAAAUUGAAACCUGCUGAAAGUUGGUUGAAAUAACAGAGCAAUUAGUAGUAAAUGCACUGCAAUAUUGAAUCUGAAUGGACUGUGGUGUUGAUUCUGAAUAAUAGCUAGAUUUUGUUUAAAAUAUAAUUGAACAUGUAAACAGUCAUUGGACCAGUCCUCAGACCUUGUACUGCUAUGUUCAAAUGGCAAUAAAACACUACAAACUGUAAAAAGAUAAUCAAACAUUUUAUACCAGUCUAAUGAUCUCUUGCUGUUUUAGAAGACAUUGAAAGCACACCUUUUUGACCAAGAUAAGCUAAAGGGCAUUAAAGUUUGAAUCCUAUUUAAGUUUUUUUUUUUUUGUAAUGUGAUACAUUUAGCGGGUUUUGUAAAUUUUUGUGCCAAAGGGGGUAAUUUUUUUUUAUUUUUUUUUGUUUCCCCCCUGCUCCCGCACUGUGCCUGUCUGUUCCUUUCUCUUCUUUUGACAGGAAGUACUGUGAAUACACCUCUGGAUGGGUACCGCCUCUUCCUCAUAAACAGGAAGGAAUUGGUAUUGUUGGGUUGGAUUAAUGUUUGUAUUUUUUUCUAUUUAAUAUUGUAUGCAAACUUUGACUUAAUAAAAACUGACAAUUUAAAGUCAAAA